AUGUCACACUCUCACGAAGGACCACACUCUCAUUCGCACGAUGCCCCAGCGGCAGACCAUGGCCACACACAUGAGAUCCUGGACGGACCCGGGAGUUACAUGGGAAGAGAGAUGCCUAUAAUCGAGGGCCGAACCUGGUCAGAGCGUGCCUUUACAGUUGGAAUUGGAGGACCUGUCGGAUCUGGAAAGACCGCUCUCAUGUUGGCCCUCUGCCUUGCCCUUCGGGACAAGUACUCCAUUGCUGCCGUGACCAACGACAUCUUCACCCGUGAAGAUGCAGAGUUCCUCACUCAGCAUAAGGCUCUCCCAGCAUCACGUAUUCGUGCCAUUGAGACGGGCGGUUGCCCUCAUGCUGCAGUUCGUGAAGAUAUAUCUGUCAAUCUCGCUGCUCUCGAGGACCUACACCGCGAAUUUACCUCGGAUAUCCUCCUAAUUGAAUCCGGAGGUGACAAUCUGGCGGCCAAUUACUCUAGGGAAUUGGCAGACUAUAUUAUUUAUGUCAUUGAUGUUAGUGGGGGCGACAAGAUCCCUCGAAAAGGAGGACCGGGUAUCACGCAGAGCGACUUGCUGGUGGUCAACAAAACCGACCUGGCGGAAGCGGUGGGUGCUGACUUGGAUGUUAUGGACAGAGAUGCAAGGAAGAUGAGAGAGGGAGGACCCACAGUUUUUGCUCAGGUAAAGAAAGGGAAGGGUGUCGAUCACAUCGUGGCGUUGAUUGAGAGUGCUUGGAGGGGCAGUGGUGCUGAGGCUGUCAGCAAAGAACGAGGUGGACCAAAGGCCACAGCGGGGUUGGCCGAAUUAAAACAAUAA